ACAAACCGCGCUGUUUUCGGCGACGCAGCUCUGUCACUCUCCAAAAGCACUUUUGCUCCUUUCCAAGUUGCGAUAAGAGCCAACAAAACUGAUAUGUAUAUCACCACACCCCACGCUUCACUCAUUCCGCGCCCAUUUCUCCCGGAACAGCAGCAAUUAAAGCUCUGGCAAUAGCGUUUCCUUAUCUAAUUUGUUUCUUUUACCGAAUUACAACGAAUAAUAAAUAAUUUCGGAAACUGUGAGAGGCAGAGAUGCAGUGCUUGUUACAGGUGUUGGGAGUGGUUGUUCUUUGCCUAUCCACCGGUAGGCUUGGUAUGUGAAGCUCCCUCUGCCUUUCCACGGCCUACCACGUGGCCUAUUUGCAAGUGCGCUGUCAAGUUGAAGUUGUCAUCUCUGGAACUACAAGCAAGCAGAAUAGCUGUCUCUGUUUCUCUCAAUUCCAUAUUUAGUUCAAAUUAAUUCGCUUCUCUUUCUCUCUGUUUCGCAAAAGGAGUUCUCUGUUGUGUUAGCUCUGGCCAGUACUUGUUAGUUCUUGCUGUAUCAACCACAAAACCAUAAGGACAAAGAAGAAGAAUUUAUUCACUCUGGGUUUCCAAAUGGGUGACGUAAACCGCGGAAAGAGUUUCCAAACCAAGCUUCCCAAGCAAAACAAUGGAAACCCAACAAAUCUUUUACUGAGGUUCUCACCAGAGAAGCCCAAGCAAAUCCAACUAUCCAAUUCUGAACCACAUCUAGACCUCAAUCUCAGGCUCUCUCUGGGUGGAGUUUACAGUGAACACUUCAAAGAUAAUCCUAUAACCCGGUCAUCCUCGGUCGCUGGAGUAAUGACCACGAAGGUAAAUGCCGGUGAAUCCAACUCGGCCUUGCCGGGAAUCUUUCUUUCUUUGACGAGAUCUUGCUCGCUGCCAGUGGGGAGCGAGCAAGGGCAUUUUAGGCUCAAGGACUUGCAGGUGAAGAGAAUGGAGGCCCAGAAGAGGCUGUUGGAGAAGAAGAGGAGAUGCAGGGCAACCCCUGAGGAAGAGAAGUCUUCGGCUGAGCCACGGUCGCCGCUGUCUGCUUUGCCGGAUUGGGCGGUGUCUUCUGCGGCGCAGAGUGCCUCGCUUUGUCGUGCCCUUCUAAAGAUCAAAACGGAAGGAUAUGUAUCUGGAAAGCGAAAACAUGAAGGACUGGGAGGUGUGGCUGCAGAGAAGGGUGCUACCAGUUCCCAGUCAUUUCCUAAUCCAAAUCCAAAGGACAUUAAGCCUGUGGUCAUCCGUGGAGCAACAGCAAAUGCAAAAUCAGACAUACUUUCUGAGACUAAGCUAGAGAAACCUCCCAAGAAGAUUAAAGUUUCUAACAGCUGCUUUCAACACAAUGGGAUGGAUGUGAUGAAACAGAUGCCUAGUGUGACUACCACUGGAGACGGCCCCAAUGGGAAGAGAAUUGAAGGGGUUUUGUACAAGUACAUGAAAGGUCAAGUGAGUAUAGUAUGUGUUUGCCAUGGCAGCUUUCUCUCUCCAGCAGAAUUUGUCAAGCAUGCCGGUGGCAAGGACGUCGAAAACCCGAUGAAGCACAUAAACGUCUGCCCCAUCUAUUAGUCCUUUUAGGUAGAUGGCGGUGGCUUGUGUCACCCCUUCUGAAAUGUUAGCAAAUGAGCAACCUGAAUCUGAGUAAGAAACUUUUACUCUUUUACUUCUCCUUUGUCUUCUUAGUUUGGGUUAAAAGGAAACUUUUUGAGUUC